AAACUAUUUUCCUAUUUUACGAGAAACUCGAAUCAAAAAUCUGACUUUUAGUCGUAUUCGAAAAAAUGAAAAACUAUAAACGUUUUUUUGUUUUAUUGUUAACAAGUGUCAGCGUCUUGAGUUCAGCAAUCAACGAAGUGCCUUCGAAAUUGGAACUGCAAAACGUCAAUAUAGUUUUCAGGCAUGGAGAUCGUACGCCAGAGAAAUUUCGUGGCGAAACGUAUCCUACGGAUCCUAAUAUAAACAAUACAUUUUAUCCAAUGGGAUAUGGAGGCUUAACUAAUAGUGGAAAAUUCCGGGCAUAUUCAUUGGGAAAAUUUCUACGCGAAAAAUAUGGGAAAUUUCUUGGUAGCACUUAUUUGCCAGAGGACAUUAUGGCAAGAAGUACAAAUUUUGACAGGACAAAAUUAUCCCUAUUGCUUGUUCUUGCUGCACUUUAUCCUCCGGAUUCAAUUCAAAAAUGGCAUCCAACACUCGAUUGGCAGCCAGUUGCGAUAAACUAUGAAAAUUGGAAUCAAGAUUUUUUACUAAUGCCUACAGGUUGUCGGAGAUUCAAGGCAAUGGAGACAGAAAUUCGAAAACUACCGGAAGUGAUAAAAAAAUCAUUAGAAUUUACACAAGUGUGGAAAAGAUUGUCAAUUUUAUCGGGAAAAAAUAUUACCCACUGUAAAUCAGCGUAUAAUCUAUAUAAUACAUUUAUUGCUGAGAAAUCAAUGAAUCUAUCAAUUCCACAAUGGGCCGAGGAUUUAUUAGCUAAUGGAGAAUUAGAUGCAUCAGUUGCAUUUCAUAUUCAAAUGAAAAACUAUAACGAAACAUUGCGAAAAUUUAAUGGAGGAAGGCUUCUACGAAAAAUGACGAACGAUAUGAUUUCUCGAAUUAAUGGCUCUUUAAAAAAUGGAAAAAAAUUAAAUAUCUACAGUGCUCACGAUAUUAAUGUAAUUGCACAUCUUCUUACUCUUGGCGUUGGAAAAGCGCAUCAACCAUUUUUCACGAGCGCAGUGAUAUUGGAAUUGUAUCGUGAUUACGAGCAAAAUUACUAUGUACAGCUUCUAUAUUACAAGGGCGACUCGCAAAAAACAGAAAAAUUAAAAAUACCAAAUUGUACGUUGAAUUUUGAUGGAAUGUGUGAAUUUAAUGAAUAUCUUGAUUUAAUAAAUACUGUAACGCCGAAUAGUGAGGAAAUACUGUGUACGUGACAUUGGUUUUCAAAUGUAACUAAUUAAAUAAUUAUUUUAUUUAAAUAAUUUUUUUCUAAUUAAAUACUUAUUAAUUUAUUU